AUGACGCUCGCCAAAUACAUGCUCACAUAUCAUCGUGAUUUGCGAUCGAAGAGCAUAGUGGAAAUUGGAGCUGGUGGAGGACUGGUUGGUCUUGCUGUGGCAAGUGGCUGCCUUAUGGACAACGAUAAGAAAUUGCUUGUCACCGACCAGAUUCCAAUGCUUUCUCUGAUGCAGAAGAAUGUAGCUCUCAACGCCCUCGAUACAAAGACGCUCCAGGAUCUCAUUGGACCCUCCACUGUCUGCUACUUUUGUUUCAAGAAACGAAGAAAGGCUGAUAUGCGUUUCAUCCGUGACAUGAACAAAACAUUCAAGGUCGAGGAGGUCGAAUACGAUGAUCGCGAUCAGGACAGACAGGCUUCCGUCUUUCUCCACAAACUUACCGCACGCGAUGUGUGA